ACAUCCCGGCCGCAUUAGACCAAGCAUCGCCUCCGUCCCUCUUUCGUUUUCUGUCCUCUCUCUGUUUUCCCCAAGUUAAAAAAUCACACGCUUCUCCCUCUCUCUCUCUCUCUCUCUCUCUCCUCUCCCUCGCUUUCUCUCUCUACAACUUUUUCUUCCAUUUAUAAGUCCACGGAUUUUCUCUCGUUUUCUUCCAAUCUCCAUAUCUCCAACUAUUUAUCAAAAUUUUCUCUCACUUUCCUUCGUUUUCCUCCAUUUUCUGGGAAAGUUACGAUUGUUUUGGUUUGAAUUAAGCAGAAGCAAUUUUCUUAUUUGUCAUUUGAGCUCGGGAAUCCUCGCAUUUUUAGUCCGUUUUGGGGUCUCCGGAGAAUUUCGGAGCAGAAAUUGAGUUCCAGCUUCCUCUGUUGGAACUCUUUCUCUUCGUGAAUUUUAGACCGUUCGAUCCAGAAUCACGAGGUGGAUUUACCUUUUUGCCCAAUUUGCUCCCGCUAUGCAUGUGCUUCGAACCUCCAUGAGUUCAUAAGGUUUAUGAUAUUCGAACAUUAUUGAGAUGGACAGUUCGGAGAGAUAGAUUCCGCAAAUUCGAAGAUUCUGCAAAUACGAAACUUGAAAGAGAAUCUCAUCUUUUGUGCUUUCUUUUGAAAGAUUGUUCAAUUAGUUUGUUAUAUAUUUCUGCUGUGUAAUUUAUUCGAAGAGGUGGAUACAAUGGCGGUUCCACAUUUGAGCAUGCUGAUCUCAAAGUUACAAAAUCUAUCCACUUCGGACCACUCGUCUGUGGUUUCGAUGAACCUUUUCGUGGUGCUACUUUUAGCUUGUAUUGUGAUCGGACAUCUUCUCGAGGAGAAUCGAUGGGUGAAUGAGUCGAUCACCGCCCUUUUGAUUGGGGUAUGUACUGGAGUAGUUAUUCUUCUGAUCAGUCGAGGAAAAAGUUCGCGUCUUUUGGUUUUCAGUGAAGAUCUUUUCUUCAUAUACCUCCUUCCACCUAUUAUUUUUAAUGCCGGGUUUCAGGUGAAAAAGAAGCAGUUCUUUGUUAACUUCAGCACCAUUGUACUGUUUGGUGCCAUUGGUACAUUAGUAUCCUGCACUGUCAUAGCAUUAGGCGCUACACAAUUCUUUAAGAAAUUGGAUAUUGGAACUCUAGAAUUGGGGGACUUUCUUGCAAUUGGUGCAAUAUUUGCUGCAACGGAUUCUGUUUGCACGUUGCAGGUGCUUAAUCAAGAUGAGACACCUUUACUCUACAGUCUUGUGUUCGGGGAGGGUGUCGUUAACGAUGCGACAUCUGUGGUUCUUUUCAAUGCUAUUCAGAGCUUUGAUCUCACCCACCUUGAUUCCAGCAUUGCCUUGCACUUUCUGGGAAACUUCUUAUAUUUGUUUUUCGCAAGCACCAUGCUAGGAGUGUUUGCAGGGCUGCUUAGUGCUUACAUUAUCAAAAAGCUUUAUUUUGGAAGGCACUCUACGGAUCGUGAGGUUGCUCUUAUGAUGCUCAUGGCAUACCUGUCAUAUAUACUGGCUGAAUUAUUCUAUUUGAGUGGCAUUCUCACCGUGUUCUUUUGUGGGAUCGUGAUGUCGCAUUACACUUGGCACAAUGUGACUGAGAGUUCAAGAGUUACGACCAAGCAUGCUUUCGCAACCUUGUCAUUUGUUGCCGAAAUAUUUAUCUUCCUUUAUGUUGGUAUGGAUGCCUUGGACAUUGAAAAGUGGAGAUUUGUAAGCGACAGUCCUGGAACAUCUGUGGCGGUGAGUUCAAUACUGCUAGGUCUUCUUAUGCUAGGAAGAGCAGCUUUUGUUUUCCCCCUAUCAUUUUUGUCCAACUUAGCAAAGAAAAACCAACAUGAGAAAAUCAGCCUCCAGCAGCAAGUGAUAAUAUGGUGGGCUGGUCUCAUGAGAGGUGCUGUUUCGAUAGCACUAGCUUACAAUCAGUUUACGAGGUCAGGCCACACACAGUUGCGAGCAAAUGCAAUCAUGAUCACUAGCACGAUAACUGUUGUUCUUGUUAGCACAGUGGUGUUCGGAUUGAUGACAAAACCUCUUAUAAGGUUCUUGCUGCCUCAUUCAUCAAAACAAACAACCAGCAUGCUGUCAUCAGAACCAACCACUCCAAAAUCAAUCAUUAUUCCACUUCUGGGGCAGGAUUCUGUAGAUGAUCUCGCUGGCCAUGAUAUUCGACGGCCAGCCAGCAUUCGCGAUCUUCUGACGACUCCAUUUAAUAGGCACACCGUCCAUCGCUAUUGGCGUAAGUUUGAUAACGCCUUCAUGCGACCAGUGUUUGGAGGCCGGGGUUUUGUUCCCUUUGUUCCCGGCUCACCAACUGAACGGAGCAACAACGUUCAGUGGCAAUGAGAACACCGAGAAGAUGCAUAGUCGGGCAAAAUGUGAAAUAAAUUGUACCAUAUGUUCACCCGAACUCACUCAGCGUGCGAUAUAAUUAUUCAAUCUUUGCUUUUUUAUUAGCUUAUGAAAGGCAGUAGUGUACCAUAAUAUGUGACCGUGUUUGAUCUACACUGUAUUUUGUAUAGCAUAUUCCAAGCACAUCGUUGAAUCUGAGCUUCAGUGUUAAUGUAAUGUAACAAUGUUUUGUUUUC